UCAUCAGCAACAGCCGCAGCCGAAGCGUUUUUUUGUUUAAAAACUCGUUUCGAAUCGGAUUUACAGACGCGUGCCGUGCAAUAAAUCGGAUAAAAAUUUAUAAAAGUUUAAAACCAUGACCACCGCUGGUCGAAGAGAAGACAAGGAUCUGGAUCUGAUCCGGAUUACCCAUUACAUCAAUCCACACAACUUCUGGUUCAAACAUGAAUCGGACUACGCCUACAAUCCGGAGCAGCAACAGUUCCAAUUGGAAUUGAACAACUUCUGUGAGCAGACCUUUGGCAGAGGUAACCUCACAUCCGGGAUCUACACACCCCGUCGGGUGGGUGAACUGGUGGCGGUUUUCUAUUUCCAGCUGUCGCGCUGGAUCCGUGCUGAGGUAGACGAAAUCCAGGAAGAUUUGAGUGGUCAAAUCCACUGCAAUCUGUGGGCCAUAGACGAAGGCGUUCCGCUGAAGACCAGCUGUCGCUAUGUGAAGCCAUUGCCGGAUAAAUUCGCUCAGUUCGAAGGAAAUGUCAAACACGGUGGACUGGAGGGAGUUCUACCGGCAGAAUCGGGCUAUGAUUAUCUUCAGGGCGAAACGGUUACCAAAAUGUCGACAAGUUUUGCCCCUGGAGUGGUUCAGGUGUUCGGAACGUGCAUCGAGGAAGCGGUAUCGAUACGGUUUUGCAACCAGAAGCACCACAGAAUUGAUUCCAAGCAUAUGUAUUUUGGUUCGAUGCAAAUAACUUCGCAUCAGAACGUGACCAAUGACGCAAAAGACUUGCUCCGAAAAGCGGGUGGCCGACUGGUACUGCUGGUUGACAAUGACCAGUUUUACGAAAAAUUUCCCUACCUGCGUACGCUGGACAUGAAACGGUUCGAGGACAACGAAUUUCGCGAAAACAUGAAAUACUUCGGGAACACUUUCCGGCCAGAAUAUACCGGGCGCCGUACGGUCAAACGAAUUCCACGGGAGGAAUAUUUCCAGAACGAUCCCAUCAUCAAACAGGCUCGCGAAAAAAUCUUCGAAUGGGACAAGAGAAAUGAGGCCUCUUCGUCAAUCGGCAACUGGGAUAACCCAUCCUAUCCGGAGAAAUCUCUGGAUCUUGAAAACGAUCCUCUGUUUAGAGAGUAUCGAAACUCGCACACGCAAUCUCACAAUCAGUACAAACAACUGAUCAACGAAUCGCUUUCCGACGAUAAUGACCAGCUUACCUUCGAUAGCAAAUCGAAAGAUGAUGGUACGGAGAAAUCCCAGAAGACACCAUCAGUAAGUCAGGUCCCGAAAGGGGAAAUCUAUGAUAAAAGUUUCAGCGAUAUCCAGGAAAGAUUGAAACAAGUCAAAUUUCGACGACGGGAAACCGUUCGCAAGCAGCAAGAGCAACAAGACAAAGCUAACAAGGCCGCUCAACCUGCUCAGCUUAAUUUCAUACCCGCUGGGUUCAGUAUGGGUCAGGUAGAUUUGUCUACCGGCUCAGCAGUUCUGGGAGCUGCCAACGAGACCGACGAAGAAGUCAUAAGACAUAUAAAGUAUCAGGACCACAGGAACAGGAAUCAUCAGGACUACAAACAAAAUCAUACGCGCGAAAAGUCCAAUCGAACGUACAAUAAUAGGCGUGAAAACUCCGGACCGUCGUUCGGAACAGGAUCGGCACGUAGAUUUGAUGAAGAAGAAAAGGAAGAAGAAGAAGUCGAACAGUGGUAAUUUUCAUAAGACACAAGACUACGAGCACUGGUAUUGCUAAACAUUAUUUACCUCAAGCUAAUGUUAACCGUUAUUAUUAAUUAAAUACAAUAUUUUUUUUUUGUUACUGAA